UGGUGAACAAUCAUAGGAAUUUCGCUCUUUUGUAUAUAUAUAACAAUCACAUUCUACCAUUCAUUGCAUUCAUACAUUUUGGUUCUCACGCCUUCCCACCAUCAAAACAUCAUUUCUCAAUCUUGGGUUCUUCAUGGAGACUGUGGAGCUGAAGGUGGAGAUGGUAGGGAUACAUGAAAGGAGACUAAGGAAAUGCUUAUCCAAGAUAAAAGGGAUUGAGAAGGUGGAAGUGGAAGUUGGCAGUCAAAAGGUGGUGGUAACAGGGUAUGUUCACAGGAAUAAGAUUUUGAAAGCAUUGAGGAGAGGUGGCUUGAAAGCUGAGUUUUGGUCUGCUCAAAAUGAGAUACUCUUCAAUGCAUAUGCUUGUGGGAGCUAUGGCAGAUUCAACAACUUCAACUUCUUUUAGCAAGCUUCUAUACACAAGAAUCUCUUUCAAAGUUCAAAUUCCUCCCUUUUCUCUUUUCACUUUAUUCCUUUUCUUUUGCCCCAUGUUUUUUUAUUUUUAUUUUUAUUUUUUUAAAUACAAGCAAUUGCAACACUAGGAACAUGUGGCACGCUUGUACUAGCAUCUGGAUCGUUCAUCUGUCAGUGUCCAUCAUUGAUGGGCUGUAGACUGAUAAUGACACAAAUUGGAUGAUUCUAACCGUUGGUCUGAGUAGUCCAUCAGCAGUACAGUCGAUGAACAGGAGUCCUCCAGGGAAACCCUGAUGAGCGAUUUGGAUGCUGCACAAGUGUGCCACGUUUUUCCAUGGAAGUGGUUGAGACUACUGGAUUUGAUUCUCCAUUAUCUUGGUUGCAUCCCAAUGCCACCUUCUUUUCUUUCUUUCUUUUUUUCUUUUAAUUCUUUGUAUCUUGGAAGGGAAAAUGUAGAGAAAGAGAACAAGGCAAAUUCGGAAGUUGAGGUCUUUGCAAAGUUGCUUGAGGGCCGUUUGGAUUGAGAGAAUACUUCGGAAUUGAA